AUGGUAUUGUUGAGAAUAUGGGUCAAAACGUAUCUUUUUUGCUUCCUUCCGCUGUUAUUAGACAGAGGUGUAUGCUUUACUCACUGGACUGUCACUGAUGAUGGACUUUCCAUACAGCCUGUGUCUGAUUCUCCUUACUAUAUGGUACAAUCACAUUCAUUAGUACAGUUUUUGGAUCAAGAAAAGAAGCUAGAUGCAAUUGCUCGGAUGCGAGGAUUAGUCAGUGAACAUGAGAAAAAUAUUCAUGUACAUGAGAAUGCUGAUGACCCAGAGUUGGAAACAAAAAUUCGUACAACUGACAAAGAUUGUAUUAUGGGUGAAUUUGUAUCAAGCAAUAAAGAUGUCUUCUUUACGGCGUAUACGUUGGGGAAAUUGGUUGAGGACUUGGAAGUUCUAGCUAAUAUCGAAUUCAAUAAAGAUAAUAUAAAUUCUGAAAAUGAGCCACACUGUAAGUACGACUUACCGUUCAGCGUACACGCUUUCGAACAUUUUCUGUCUGUUGGACAACGUCAUACGUUGAAGAUUAACCCUGAAUCAUCAUUUCAAAAAUCAUUACCAUCAAACUAUGAGACAACUGAAUUUGGCAGCCACAUAGCUAAGGCUCUAGAAAAAGAGCCAACAAAUUCUUCAUUUUUACGUCUGGCUGCUCUUUACUGGCGGAUUAAAGGCGACGCACCUAAAGCUGUCGAAUGUUUUCGACGUGCUCUUCAUUUCACAACAAAGAAGAUGCGUUUUCGAACUUGGUUUGAUUUUGGGAAUUUAUUACAUCGUGCUGGUUACCCUUUAGAUGCGAUUGUUUUAUAUGAGCUUGCAUCACUGGGAAUGAAUGAUGCGACAGUUCAUAUGGCUCUUGCUGAUGCUUAUGCCUUAAUUCAGAAUCGUACGAAAGCAAUCGAUCAUUAUAACAUAGCUUUUUCAAUGGACCCAUCAAUGAAAACUGCUCAAAUCAAAGCAGCUGCUUUGAAAUGUGACCAAAAGUUAAUAACUGCAAUGGAGAAACAACAUAAGAAUUUGCUUAAUACAAUUGAGGAGAAGAACCUGUAUAAUGAUAGGUACGAAACAAUAAAAGAUAUGGAAGAAAGUGUGGAGAAAAACGUUGCAGAUCUCGAAGAUAGAAUGCAAUCAUCUUUAAUUUAUGAUUAUUUCACAUACGGUAGCCUACCUUAUUCGAGUUGCCGUUCAGUUUCAUUAUCAGGUUAUUUAUCUCUACAAUGUAGUGUUAGUGAUUGGCGUCGUUAUCAAACUGCUCGUGAAGAUAGAUAUCGUAAACUUCUUGCAAACAUUAAGCGAAGUGGAGCAAAAAAUAUAUCGAAACCAGCAGUAAGUGUAAUGGAAGAUUUCACUGAUUCUGCUGAAUUAGUGGCGUUUUUAAAAAACUUAGAGACCAUAAGGGGAAUGGAUAGAGAUGAGCCAACUGAUAAGCCUAUUUAUCCACAAAAACUGACACCAUCAACAAAAGAACUUCUUGAAUAUUACGUGGAUGAUAAUUGGCCAGACAGUACAUCAUGUGAAACAGACCGUUGGCGUUAUCCUCUUCCAACUGUGGACAAUCUUCCUCAACUUUUCUUAAGCCCAAAAAAUAAAGGAUUCAGGCCAUCUGAAUUGCUUAGCAAAUAUCUUGGCUUAAAUGUUAGUCAAGAGCAUCCUUUACCGUGGCAUCCACCUAACUGUGGUAUUUAUUUACCUAAGAAACCACUUUCGACAAUAUUUCAGCUUUCUGCCGUUCGUACAGCAGCAGUUCAGGGUCAUUCUUUGAAUUAUGCAGAAAACAACCUUGGAACAGAGUUUUUAGGUCUUAUUGAGGAUAAAAUUACAGAAGCUGAUAUUGCUCAGCGUAUUGGUACUUUGAUGAAAUAUAGUAUUGGACCGCAGUGGUUAGUCUUUAACAUGGCAGCACUGUACUGGCGUAUUGUGGGUGCACCUGGAGAAGCUAUAACAUGUCUUCAUGCAGCAUUAGAAGCUCAGCCGGAACGAUACGCGGAUGUUGCAUUAGUACAGCUAGCGCAAGUGGUAAUUCGUUCUGGAAUUAAUGAUGAAAGUGAUUUGAAUGACGUUGUUGCUCUAGUAAACAAAGCUCUACAGAUUGAUUCAAAUGAGCCCAUUACUCUUUUUUUGAUGGGCAUUGUAAAAAUUUUACAAAGGAAGCUUGUUUCUGGGCUGAAAUAUAUUCGGGCAGCUGUUGUUGUUGAUCCACUGUUUCAACCGGCUGUUUCUGUUUUUCAUGCAUUGAAAUGCUUGAAUAAGAACGGACAAGGAAUGAUGGGUGGUGAUCAGCUACACUUGCGUUGUUGUUCCCAAGAUGAACCAAAUGUUUAUUGCUUUGGUGUUCAUGAAGAUCGGUGUUUCAUUGCACUAAAGAAAAGAGUUUUUGUUGGGACAACUUGCAUUUCGAAUUCCAAAAAAAGAAAGGAUUCUUGUACACGUGCAUUCUCAUUUGCACCAUUUGUUGCACCUGUUGAUUUAGUUGAAGGCACAGAAGAUGAAAAGAAAAUGCAUGAACCGGUGGUGAAGAGUACAAAAAAUGUUCAUAAAAAACCCAGCAUAGAUACAUCAGAUGAGAUUCCUUUGGAUUAUGGAGCUCAAGAAACUUUACAAAGAAUUAAUAAAAUGACUGUUCCUUCGACGAAAAAUUUUUUUCAAAGCGAGAUUAGAUUUGUGGAAAAUGAUAUGCCAAAAGAAGAAGUAAUGAUUGAAUCUUGGGAAGAAGAUAUCUUGGUAGAUGAAAUAACCGUCCCAGAGAAACCACUGACCUUAGCGCAUGUACCAGAACGACGAAAAAUGAUAUCCUACGACAUUCCACUUCCUUCGAUAUUGCCGUUGCCAUCUAAAAAACAAAUAAAUAACGGUUUCAUUCAUGUACCACUCCCAGUCAGUCGUACGUCAAACAGUGAUUUUUGUGCGAACGCAAAAAUGAGUUUAACGAUGCUUCGAGAGCAGAGCACGUCAACUUGGCUAUCAGUUACCGCCAAAGGUGUAAACCUGGAGAAGUUCAUUGAUUUUCAAGCACCAGUUAAUUUGAAAGGAGAUUUUGAACCGAUAUGUUCAGACACGAUUUCAUCUUCACCAGUUUUAACACUUGACCAUUUGCCAGCUUACCAUCUACGACAUCAGUUUAUUCACUACAAACCGGAAAAGGCAUUAACAGAUGCAUUUUUAAAGUUGGGAAAAGAAAAAAAACGAGUGGAAGUAGUUGCCAAAAGAUUAAAGGAUGCAAUGGUAUUAUCGCUUGCAUAUAAUAAGGACAAAGUACAUUGGUCGUUAUCGACUGCAUCAGCGUUAUAUUGGCGAGUGAAAGGUGAUGCUGUAAAUGCAAUAAAGUGUCUUAGACAAUCACUGAAUUCAGCUCCUCCUGAAAUGAGGGAUGUCGCACUAAUUAGUAUGGCUAAUAUAUACCAGCAGGCAGGGUUGUUGCAUAGCGCGUUAAUUGUUGGUGGUUCUGCACUAACCAUUUCUCCUAAACUCGUUGCUAUACACUUCACUCUAGCAAAUAUUUACGCUUCCCUGGGAAAAUAUCAACAUGCAUUAAUGCUUUAUUAUUCAACUUUAUCGAUGCAAUCUAAUUUUGAACCAGCGAAAGAACGCAUUCGUGCGAUUUAUUGUUUCACUGGAGAACAACUUAUAGAUUCGUAA